CACACGCUCACUUCCUGUACUGUCCCUUCCUCUUUAGGAGCCUGGAUAAUCCUGCCAAGGAGUGUGAUUUUGGGGGGACUUGGGGAAGGAACCCCUCACUCUGGUCUUCAGGCUCAAAUCUACCAAUUUACUCCCUCAUUGUGUUUGAGUGCCUUUGAUGCUGAGAGGUCUGCCGGGGAUGAAAAUGGAGGAGCAAAGCCAAAUAGGCCCCAAGCUGGUGGAGGGAUCAGAGGGGGCAAGAAAAGCCCCCCACGUCAUCCAGAGGGGCUGCAUCCGGGAAUUCCUGCAAAAAAUGCCGGUGCAGCAGGUGAAACAGGAGGCCAGCGAGGGAAUCCUUCAGCGCUGGGAAGUGCAGUGGCAGGAGUUCCUGAAGGAGGUGGAGUCUCCUCACACUGGCUGGGGGGCCGCACAGUUGCCGGAGGAGCCCACCCCAUGGGACAACGCAAAAGCCUUCCUGGUCUCCUUCGAGCAAGUGGCCCAGGCCUGCCGGUGGCCCAAAGAAGAGUGGGCGGCCCGACUCCUGCCAGCCCUCCAAGGAGAAGCCGAGCAGGCCUUUCGCAGGCUGGAGGGCCGAGACAGGAAGGAUUAUGGGAAAGUGAAGGCGGCCAUCUUGCGAGGGGAUAUCGCCAGCAGGGAGAAGAAUCGCCAACACUUCAGGCACUUCUGUUACCAGGAGGCCGAGGGGCCCAGGGGCGCUUACAGCCGCCUCCAGGAACUUUGCCGUCGGUGGCUGAAGGUUGAGAGGCACACGAAGGAGCAGAUCUUGGAGUUGCUCAUCCUGGAGCAGUUCCUGACUGUCCUGCCCCCAGAGAUCCAGAGCUGGGUCAGGGAACGAGGCCCGGAGACCUGCUCCCAGGCAGUGGCCCUGGCCGAGGAUUUCCUGCGGUUGCAGCGAGAGGCAGAGCGACAGAAAACACAGGUAACGACACCCUUUGAGGAGGUGGUUCUGAGUUUCUGCCAGCCGGAAAUGGUCCCAUCCGACCCUGGCCCCAGACAGAUGCGCAAGGAGACCAAGCAGGAAGCCGACAACGGAGAGGCCAUCUUGAUGGCGAAAACAGAGAAUUUUGUUCUCUCUCCUUCAGGAGCUAAAGGGUGGAUGAGCCUCAACAAAGGAGAGAAAUAUGUGCCAGAUGAUUUGGAGCGAUUGUCGGCACAUGGGACAUCGGUUUGGCAUGCGGGAGAGUGUGUCACCCAGUUUUGUGAGCAGGGAAAUACCACAGUGAGUCAUCCAGAGAUUGACUCGGGGCAAGGCAUCGAUAUUUCUAUUCCGUUUGGGGGACCCUUCCAGGAUUUGAAGGAGGAAGGCUACCAGAGGAGAAUUCACACUGGUAAGAGACAAAUCCUCUGCAAUGCAUUUAGGAAAAGAUUCGGUCAGAGCCCAAACAUGCUUAAACACGAAAACAUCCACUCAGGAGAAAAACCCUUUAAGUGCUCGGACUGUGGGAAAAGAUUCGGCCAGAAAUUCCACCUCAUUGGCCACCGUAAAAGAUGCGAAAGCGAGCGGCCUCACAAGUGUCCAACCUGCGGGAAAAGGUUCUCUCGCAGCUCUUACCUUAACACUCAUCAGAGAAUCCACACCGGGGAGCGGCCCUACGAGUGCUUGCGCUGCGGGAAAAGCUUCAGCCAGAAAGCAAACCUUAACACACACCGCAGAAUCCACACGGGGGAAAAGCCGCACGAGUGCACAGUGUGUGGGAAAAGAUUCUCUCGCAACACGUGCCUUAAUAGACACCAGAGAAUCCACACGGCAGCACGCUAGCUGUACAGGUGCUUGGACUGUCUUUGCUGGGGUGAUGGUAGCGGUGGAGCUUCUAGUGGGAGAUCAGUAUUGGCGAUGAGUAAUUUCUCCCUUGGGAUAAGCUUCAGUCAGAAAUGUCAUAUUUUUAGAUA